ACAGUGUAAACAAGGAUGGCGAAGAUGAGGCAGAUACAAGUGUUAAUGUUGAGGCUGGUGCUGAUGACUGCGCUUGUCUUGCUGCUCCUGAGUCCUUACUUGCUGCCACGCUUACACUUACCACCAUUAGCAUCAUUAUUAAAACCACAAGCACCACUACCAUUAUCACAAACACCAGCACCACCACAACAAAAGACUAAGGAACACCACCCAGUCUAUGACAAAAGCUGCUACAAGUACCACGCAAACCUCACUGCCGAGAACAUAUGUUGCAGGGCAACCAACUUCAGUGAUUCUUUCAGUGUGAUCCACAAGUGUAUUAUAGAGGCCAACACUCACCUGCUGAACAAGGAGAGAAGCAAUAGUACUGGUGCUAAAGAUGGUGCUGUUGUUGGUGGUAACGCUGCAGGUGGUGGUGGAACAGCUGGCAGAAGUGAACUAUGGUCAAUAUUUGGUGAUUCUCACAUGCGUUACCUCUUCGCUUCAUUUCUCACAAGAUUCAGGAGCCCCACCCUCCAGUACCGACUAAAUGCAGGCGAAUGGUUGAAUGGAACCGAGCUUGAGACAUUUCUGCAUGGGGAUAAAUUAUGGCAAGACAUUCAGAUGCGCGAUGUGAAAAUCAACUUUCGAAUGAACUACAACUUUGACAAAUUGCUGAAGAAGCUGCCGAAUAAGAUGGCAGAGUGGGAGGAGAACCGUCCAAAAACACCCACACUUGUAAUCCUUGGGGUAUACAUAAUCCCUUGUAAUGACUGCAACAAGUUAUACGUGGGCGAAACAUCAAGGGACCUCCAAACACGUAUUUCAGAACACCAAUACGCAAGCAGGUCUGACGACACAAGGAAUGCCUGCGUACAACACCGUAAUUCACACAACCACUUGAUAAACUACAGAAACUCAAGACUUAUCGCCACAGAAGACAACACUCAAUACCGAAGAAUCCUGGAAUCAUCACUUAUUUCUAUAUCCGACAACUUCAACCAGAAUAGUGGCUUCUAUAACAUAGCUGAACCACUUGCCAAGAAACUUCUUCAUCGCUAUCCCACAUAAGAACACUGUAGAAGGUCUGCUCACAAACUUGUCCAGUCUCCUUUCCAAGCUACCCAAGUUUUUAGACUCUACAACCCAACUCGGUACAUCAUCAGAUGCAGCAGACCUCAGCCGGACUAUAAAUACUCGCGUUCCUUCCA